UAGUAGUCACCAUAAGCCAAAUCUAAAUCCACAUCUACCUCUUCCUCUUUCUUAAUUUCUUAGUGCAAGUUUUCAUCAACAAAUUUAUUUUUUUUAGAGGAAGAAAAACACAUUGAAGAAAAAUAUGGCUCUUUCUAGGAAACCAUACUCAUACUCAAAGAUGGAUAAAGAAGAUCCUGAAGAAUUAAUCCAUAGAAGAGCACAAUUCUUGAUCUACAAGGUGUUGGAACAAGCAAAUUCUCGUAGAAAAUCAUCUUGUCUUAGAAUCAAAAUAUCUAAGUUGAAGGUGAAGAUUGGAAAGAGGUUAAGGAGGCUUAGAAAGAAAAUUAUAUCAAGUGUGUCUGCAGCAAGAGUUGGCAUUCAUGGACAUGUUGUGAGUCAAUUGAAAACAUGGAAGCGUUUGUUUGGGAGAGAAAAACAAACCCUUUUAACCAUUCCUUCUCUUAUGAUCAAAUAUUGAUACAAAUUACAUGGAAACUCUAUGGUGUUUUUUUGUGUAAUACCAUGUUAAUUAUGUUUUCUUCAUAUGGAGUAUGUCAUAUGUUUUCUUUAGGUUAGAAAAGAGUGAAAUCAUAAAUUCUGCUUCAUCAAGAUCAAUAUAAAAUUGUUUUUGCAUUUUAUUUUUCUAUCUCCCUCUACCUUUUUUGUUCUGUUAGAUUCUUGACUAUGUGGCAGAAGAAGUACAUGAAUUGAGAGGGUCAUUCUUGCCUCUUUUAAUUUAAAAAAGUGACGUGAUUUAUGUGGGAA